UACCAUACUUGUGGAACGCCGGCGCAGAUCCAGUGUUCAGCUGCAAGAGAUGUCUUGCUUGGGCUCCUCACGCAAGCGUAGGUUGUGUUCCCGGAGACGAUCUAGUACCACCACCCCUUGCAUGAGCCCUAGAUUCUCUGUCCAGAAGAAGCGUGGGGGCCAUGUGCACACCAUAGAUACUCAUCUCAUAGGGCCCUCUUUGCUGCUAGCCAGUCUCAUCCAAGUGUACAAAGAAGAAGAAAGGAGACAGUCACAUUGUACUGAAAGCUCCAGCUCAGGGUCCCCUAAAGAUGGGAUGGUGGACAGUGACUGGAGUGAGGAAGCACUCUCCUCAGGAUCUGAAGGAGCAGAGUUUGAAAAGAAGGAACUGCAGACUGAGUGCUCACUAUAUCCCAUUCCCCCAAUCCAACACGUUCCCGAUUUAAGACCUUUCCUACGAGACCCUUAUUACCUGCGCCGCAGAUCCUCCCACCUCCUUCCUGCAGAAUUUGUGCACAGCAGAGCAGCCUACGGGCUUCAAGGCCGCUACAGAUACUUCAACCAGCGGCGAUGUUCAGGUGAAACACCCAAGCCAAGUGCUUUGCUUCAGCCAUGCAGUUUUGAAAGGGCUGCCAGGAGGUGGAAGGUGCCUGUCGGAACCUGUUGGCUGCCAUUGAGUACCCAUAAAUGCUUGGGAGUGGAUCCUGCCCUCAGCAGCUGUGGCAGUGACUCCUCUGAAGGCUACAAUGCCCUUUUGACAAAAGCCAUUGCCAAGUCGGGACUCCAGCACAUGGUAGCCCAGCCAACCCCCACAUUCGCCUUAAGAAGUGACUCAGAGAGGGAGAUUCGUAACUCUGUUGAUUGGAGUGAAACUGCAGUUUAUGGGGAGCACAUCUGGUUUGAAACCAAUGUCUCUGGGGACUUCUGCUAUGUGGGGGAACAAAACUGUGUGUCAAAAAUUCUGCAAAAACCUAUGUCCAAGCGCAAAUGUGCAGCCUGCAAAAUUGUAGUCCACACACCCUGCAUAGAACAAUUAGAAAAAAUUAAUUUCCGAUGCAAGCCUUCCUUUCGAGAAUCUGGAUCAAGGAAUAUCCGGGAGCCUACUGUGGUGCGGCAUCAUUGGGUACACCGGAGACGCCAGGAAGGGAAAUGUCGACAAUGCGGAAAGGGUUUCCAGCAGAAAUUUGCUUUCCACAGCAAGGAAAUUGUAGCCAUCAGCUGUUCCUGGUGUAAGCAGGCAUAUCACAGUAAAGUUUCGUGCUUCUUGCUGCAGCACAUUGAAGAGCCCUGUUCAUUGGGGGCACAUGCUGCUGUUGUCAUCCCUCCCACCUGGAUUUUACGUGUCCGUCAUCCCCAAAACCCUCUGAAGUCAAGUAAGAAGAAAAAAAGGACUUCCUUCAAACGGAAAUCCAGCAAGAAGGGACCUGAGGAAGGAAGAUGGAAACCCUUUGUUAUCAAGCCCAUUCCAGCACCUCUCAUGAAGCCGCUGCUUGUGUUUGUGAACCCCAAGAGUGGUGGGAAUCAGGGAACAAAGAUAUUCCAAUCUUUUAUGUGGUAUCUCAACCCUCGGCAAGUCUUUGACCUCAGCCAGGGAGGCCCCAAAGAAGCGUUGGAGUUAUAUCGUAAAGUGCACAACUUGCGGAUUCUGGCAUGUGGAGGAGAUGGUACAGUGGGAUGGAUCCUGUCAAUUUUGGACCAGUUACGCCUGAACCCUCCACCUCCUGUGGCCAUUCUUCCUUUGGGGACAGGAAAUGACCUAGCAAGAACACUGAACUGGGGCGGGGGAUAUACUGAUGAACCAUUGUCAAAAAUCCUGUCUCAUGUAGAAGAGGGGGAAAUUGUGCAACUUGAUCGCUGGAAUCUACAGGUAGACCCCAAACCUGAGGGAAAUCCAGAAGAGAAGGAUGAAACAGCCACAGAUAAGCUCCCUCUUGAUGUCUUCAACAAUUACUUCAGCCUUGGUUUUGAUGCUCGAGUAACACUGGAAUUCCACGAAUCUCGAGAGGCCAACCCAGAGAAAUUUAACAGUCGAUUUCGGAAUAAAAUGUUCUAUGCUGGGACAGCAUUCUCUGAUUUUCUCAUGGGGAGCUCUAAAGACUUAGCAAAACACAUCAAAGUGGUGUGUGAUGGAACAGAUCUGACUCCCAAGAUCCAUGAUCUUAAGCCUCAAUGCCUCGUCUUCCUAAACAUUCCAAGGUACUGUGCAGGCACUAUGCCUUGGGGCAACCCUGGAGAGCAUCAUGACUUUGAACCCCAGCGCCAUGAUGACGGCUGCCUUGAAGUCAUUGCCUUCACCAUGACCUCCCUGGCAGCACUGCAAGUGGGCGGCCAUGGAGAGCGGCUGCACCAGUGCCGGGAGGUGGUACUUACCACAUCCAAAGCCAUCCCCAUGCAGGUGGACGGGGAACCUUGUAAGCUGGGAGCUUCCUGCAUACGCAUUUCACUGCGCAACCAAGCAAACAUGGUGCAGAAAACCAAGAGGAGAAACUCCAUGCCUCUAUUGAAUGAUCAACAACCAGUUCCAGAACGGUUAAGAAUCCGUGUAAGCCGAAUUGGCAUGCAUGACUAUGAGGCACUUAAUUAUGACAAGGAGAAACUCAAAGAAGCUUCCGUGCCUUUAGGAAUUAUUGUGGUUCCAGGAGACAGUGACUUGGAAUUCUGCCGGACCCACAUUGAAAGGCUUCAAGAGGAGGGAGAUGGAGCCAAACCAAAGAUAUUGUCAUGCCAGAAGCUCUCCCCCAAAUGGUGCUUCCUAGACUCAACCACAGCAGAUCGUUUUUAUAGAAUAGACCGUGCCCAGGAACAUCUUAAUUAUGUAACAGAAAUCUCCCAGGAUGAGUUGUUUGUGUUAGACCCAGAACUGGUGCGCACUCAAACAGUGGGCACAUCUGCCAUGCCUGAUCUUGUUGAUGUUCCCUCAACACCUACAAAGCAACACCUUCCUCUCCCAAUUUCACCACAAUCUACACCAGUCUCCAGCUCAGCAGUGGACAGCAGCCAGACCCUUAAAGAUGAUGCUUUGAUAGAUGCUGCCAAGAAUAAUGAUUUCUCCAAGUUCAAAGAAUUGCACCGGGCUGGCAAAGACUUGAUGAUGCGUGAUCCCACAGGUCAAACUGUCCUUCACCAUGCUGAAUCAGGGAGCAAGGAGAUUGUGAAAUAUAUAAUUGAAAACGCUCCUGCAGAGAUUUUGGAUGUGGCAGAAGAAGAAAAUGGCGAGACGAGUUUGCAUCAGGCUGCAGCCCUUCGUCAGCGGACCAUCUGCCAUUACAUUGUGGAGGCUGGCGCUUCACUGAUGAAAACAGAUGUGCAGGGAGACACACCCAAGCACAGAGCUGAGAAGGCAAACGAUCCCGACCUUGCUGCCUACCUCGAAAAUCGACAGCACUAUCAAAUGAUCCAGCGGGAGGAUCAGGAAACAGCCGUGUAGCACUCAGCGUGCCUUCAUCGUUUCCUGGGAGGGCAGAGAAGCCGAGUAGCGCGGGAACCUGGCUAGCCUUUUCUUUGAAUGUCCAUCACACAGAGGAUCCAGAGUUUUCUGUUUGGGCUUGGCCACGUGCUGUUAUUUAUUCAUGUAGUGGGUAUUGAACAAUGCUGACUGCCACAUCCCUCACCGCCAUCACAUUCCAUGGAUGGAUACCUCUGCCUGAUACUUCAUUCCUAUCUGCUUCCAAGUUUUCUUGACCCUCGUUGCUGCUCUCAAAGCAGGAAAAACUACUCCCUUCUAGCUAUUGGUGGAGCUCCGUUUCAGAUACUUGCCCCACCCCCACGCCACCCUUGUGCAACCUUGUGAUAUCUCCGUAAAGGCAGCAUCUGCAACCCCCUUUUAGAUCCACUGAAGCUUCAUCCCACCGAUUCUGCUGAUUUCCCAGCAGGGGGUAUUGUCCUUCUCAAUAGUUUCAAACCGUAGCAAUGCGUAUAUUCUAUACUGGAAAUUUGCUAGCACAAUUUUUGAGAAGGCAUACAGAAGACACGCGUGUUUAUUUGCUAUAGCCCUUUCUUGUUAUUCAGGCACUGUAGUAUUCAAUUACUUGUGUAAACUCUGGGUGACAGUCACAUAGACAAGCAAUCCAAGUUUCCAAAGCAAGCUAUGGGCUUGGUUUGCAUCCUCUCAGCACAAUAUAUCCCUCUUCCUCCAUUUCUUUUAUUCCCUUUACGAUGUUGUCCCUGUAUUGCAAGCCCCAUGCUAUAAAGGGUGUUUAUAUAUCUUGCAAAAACAGGGAACACCAGGUCAAAUCCCACUCCUUUCAAUUUAAGCUGCUGCAAGCUGAGUUUUGAGACUGCCGCACUAAAUGUUUUGAGCAAAGUGCCUCCUCUCCAGGUUUCUUCCCCCUCCCCCCUUUUCUCUCUCUUUCCGGUCUUAUAUAUUACCUCCUCCUGCUUUUUACAUUCGCUGAUUUAGGAAAUAGCAGCCAGUUGUAAGCAUAUUCAAAAUAUGUUUGGAAAGGUUGAAGUUUGCUGAAAAGGGGAUAAAAAUCUCAAGUCGAAAAGGCCAUUGGUACUUGCCAUACCUAAGGACAAAGCAUUAUCAGUACAGAAAUUACCUUUUCAUUUUCAGGAGAUAGGAGUAACUAUAAAACGCAUCAGUAUAAAGGGAACUAUUCCUAUCAGCUAGCGUUAAUGGCACAUUUUAUCCAGGGGCUUGUAGUGACGGUAGUAGUAAUAAAUGGAAAAGUUCCUGUACAGCCAUCUGGCCCCUGGAUUUGGUUCCUAGACUCAUGCAUAGGCACAGGAUACCCACAUCAAUUUAUAAUAUUUUGGUGCACAGACUUAACAAUGUGCAAGUCCUAUGAGCACAAUUAUAGGCAGAUCCUAAUUAUAAACCUGAGAUGUUUUGUUUACCCAAGUCUUCCAUCACUACCUGUCCCUUUUUUUUGGGGGGGGGGGUUCUAAAGCAAAGCAACCCAACACUUAAAACUUCCCAACACUUAAUGUUCAGAGAAUGUGAUAUAAACAUGCUGUUCUACCUGAACAGUUCAGAUUAAAUAAUUUGAUUGUUCUACUUGGUCAAGAAGAGUGAACUGAAACUGGACCAAAGGGGGUUUGGGGCAAGAAUUCUUAAAUCUCAUUGAAACUAUGGAUUCUGUUCUGAAAUUGUUGAAAAAUAGGUGGCUUUCUGAGGACACUGGAUCACAAAUGUAAGGACCCAUAGAAAAAAGUUUUGUGCACAAAAUAUAUUUAAAUCGAGGCAUCUUAAAAGAGCAGGAGAAACAAGCUGCCGGUGAAAUUGGCAUGCAAAACUUACCAGGGAUCAUCUUCCAUUGAUGCAAGAGUUUGACUUUAGAAGAGAAGAGGCUUUGAAGUCAUGAUUCUCCCUAAUUUGAGGAGGCUCAAUGAAAUUAGAGUCAAGAAUUUCAUACCUUUCACUCAGAUGUGUAAGAAUACCCUGUAUCUGACUGGAAGCUUAUCCUCCUUCAAGGCUGGGUUUGCCUGCCUUCUGUAUCUAAUGCUUUUAAGAUUGAGAUGCUAAAUAUCUCUGAUAGCGCCUGAGGCUUGAAAAGAUAGCCAAGUGUCCAUUUGAACCCAUUCUAGGAGCUGGCUUUUUCCAUCUGGUAAACGUGGUGCUAAGCAAAGGAUAAUACCCCAAAGCAGACUGCACUCUGACCACAGGUCCCAGGCAAAAUGCAAAUUGUUCUAAAUCAGAAACACAUGUCAUCUCUUUGACAUCACCCCUCCUUUCCUCUCCAGAGAUGUGGUAGAACAGCCAAAACAUUUGGGCAUCCGAGGAUGGUGCUGACUCACAGCUGCACCCUAUCAAGCCUAACUGGUUGCUUCAGCUAGGCCUUUGGCCUUGUACAGCCCACUGCCGUGCCAAUAAUGGCGACUUCUCAUCCUGCAUGACAUGGCUAUAUUGUAGGUCAACUGAAGAGAAUGCAUCAUUGCUUUGCUCUAAACUAGGAGGACUCAUGCUCUGGAUUUUUAAAAUUGUAAACAUUCCUCUAUAUACAAGCUGGCUCCCUAAAUGUGUUUUAUAGCCCCAUAGGUCUGCUAUCUUCUCUUCCUCCCUUUUCUAUGUCUUCUUAAACUUUGUACAGGUAGUUCAAAAGCACACUGUUUCCUCAUCUCUAAAUGUUUGUUUGUGCAUGUGUGUGUGUCCUAAGCUGAGUUGCUGUGCAAUUCAAACCUUGGCUUGUUCUACUCCAAGGGGGAAGGAGUGUGUUUGAGAGUGUUUUUUCCCCCUGUGCAAUACCUGAUUCUGAUUUCCUAGAUUUGGACUAGUAGGACACCUUUUGGUUUGAUUGUUUUGGUUUGGUUUUAUUUUUUUAAUGUAACUACAUUGGAAGCUUGUGCUUCUGACUUACUCUUUGACAGUUUUAAUGUUUUGUUGAGUUUUGCCAAUAAAAUAGAAGGAUGAACAUUUUA